UACGGUGUUGCAGUCAAAUAUUGUACAUAGUUCUCAAAACCCCAUGAAGAUUUUUUUGGCUAGAAAACAACCCCAUGAGGAUUUAAUGGACUCUGUUGCUCUACAUCUUUCGGUGCCAAGAGAAGACAGAGUCAAAGACAGACAAUGGGUUUGGGUUUUAGGCUGAACCUCAAGUGUGGCUUUCCUGUUCAUUCUUCUUACUGGCAAACCACUUCCCCUUCGAAGCUUUCUUCAACUUCUGUUAGAGGCAGGGAGGGCUCUUUCAACUCAGCAAGGUUGUCCUUUCUGUCUGUUAUUUCUGAGGAAGGUGAGGCUUCUAGUAAAGAUCCUCUGAAAGUGUACACUUGUCCAUCUGCUUCCCCACAAAUCUUAGAGGAUGGUGUCUCAGAAAUGGAAGAGGCAGCCUUUAGGAGGGUGCCAAAGAGUAUUAGUGACAACCGGAUGCCUGUUGCAGAAGGCAAGUUUAUAUCCAGUAAAGGCUUAGAAGCAUGCACGGCAUCUCAUUUUAGUUUGUUACUGCAAAACCUUAAUGUUUUGGAGGAGACUUUUGCUACUUCAAAUGUGUUAAAGUUGGAGAAAGAGAUUCUUUUGCAACUAGCAAGGCUUGGGGCUCUAAAGUUAUUCGAUAUCUGUCUAUCAAGAACUCUUAAAACCUCAAGCUUUUUGGAUUUGUCUGACAUACCUACAGUACCGGUUGAAGAGGGUAAGAUGGAGAGAAAAGAAGAUAACAACGUAUUCGAGAUUAUUGUUCGUUCUGGGAAAAAGGAAGAAAGAAGAUCAAGAAAAAGAACAUCAGAUAAUGCCAUAGUGUCUUCUAAUUCAUUGCCUCCAAAAACAAUUUGGAAAGGUCUUAAAAAUCCUACUCUUUCAUCAGGAAAAAGAGCAUCAAAUUAUAGAAGUAGAAGACUGACCAUUUCUAAAAAUGAGGCAGAAAUGUCAAUCGGGGUUAAGGUGAUCGCCGACUUGGAGAGAAUUAAAGAAACUUUGGAAAAGGAAACUGGUAAAGUAGUGACCUUAAGGUGCUGGGCAGAAGCAGCUGGAGUUCAUGAAAGGGUGCUGCUACAGCAUUUGCGUUUUGGUUGGUAUUGCCAGGAUGAGCUUAUGAGGAGCACUCGUUCCUUAGUUCUAUACCUUGCUAGAAACUAUAGAGGGCUAGGGGUAGCCUUGGAUGAUUUAAUUCAGGCUGGAAACCUGGGUCUCCUGCAAGGUGCAGAAAGGUUUGAUCACUCAAGGGGUUAUAGAUUCUCAACCUAUGUUCAAUACUGGAUAAGGAAAUCAAUGUCAAGAUUGGUGGCACAGCAUGCUAGGGGGGUCCAAAUUCCUUUCACACUAAGCAAGGCAAUAAAUCAGAUACAGAAAGCUCGAAAAGCCAAUUACAACAGCCACAUGAAAUACCCAGAUGAUGAGGAAAUUGCAAAGAUUACAGGUCUUUCUUUGGCGAGAAUCAGAUCAGCUAGUACAUGUCUGAGAGUUGUGGGUUCGGUAGAUCAUAAAAUGUGGGAAAGCUCUGAUGGGACAUAUAUGGAAUUUACACCAGACACAUCACUAAAGAGCCCUGAAGAAACUGUCAUGAGGCAACACAUGAAAAAGGACAUUCAUGAUCUGCUGAAAGGGUUGAAUUUGAGAGAGAGGCAAGUGUUGGUACUGCGAUACGGGCUAAACAACUACGACCCCAAGUCACUUGAGGAGAUUGGCAGACUUUUCCAUGUGAGCAAGGAGUGGAUAAGGAAGAUAGAAAAGAAAGCUCUGAUGAAGCUGAAGGUUGAAGAAUCCCACAAAUACCUAAGCCAUUACUUGAAUAACUAGUAGGUUCAGAGUAACAUGGAAAGAAAGCAAGCCAUCCUUAGUUUCUCUAUCAGAAGCAGUAGCCCGGGCAAAUUAGUCAAUCAUAUGCUGACAACUAUAGCUACUCGCUGGUAGAGAUUGAAGGAUACAGAAAAUCAUGGGUUACCUUCUCUUAUUUCCCCAUCAAAAUUGCAGCUCACAACUCUACCAUGGGAAUUUUUGUUGCUCUCAUGCGAAGAUUACAAUGUUGUAUGUUAGCAUUCUUUCAUUUCCCUCGGCGUGCUGGGGAAGAAUUGCAUGUGCUGAUUGUUCUUUCAAGCCUCUUUUUUUCUUUCUUUUUCAGUUAACAGUGUAUAGUAUAGAGGUGUGUAUUGUAUUCUCGUCACCACGGGUACAUAUUAAUGAUCUGAACUAGUGUUUACACA